AUGAAGUCCAAACUCCUUACUUUCCUCCCUGGCGUGCGUUGGGUUCCAUCCGACAUACCGUCGCAAGACGCGUCCAAGCCAAAGAAGUCGCGUAACCCGUUCUCCAUCAAGUCGCACUCAACGCCAUCAGAUCUCUCGAUUCGUCCGCGCAAAUCUACGAUCAGUUUAUCGUCCGAGCAUGAUGCGGAGAUCGAUGCGCGCACGCUUGUGCAAGGCCAAAGUAUGUUCUUCGCAAGAUUGCCGAUUGAGAUCAGGAAGAUGGUCUAUGAAUAUGUCAUGGGUGCGCAAGCCGUACAUUUGACCAUGGGGUCGAAGAGGCGUUAUAAACACUUUGUCUGCGAAGACGGAGAUUCAAGGCGAAGAGAUUGUAAUUGUCGCGUGCUUGUCGGUGGUAAGGACAGUGGGAGGCUGGAAGGGGCGAGCCAACGCAUGAAUUCGAUCCGUACGCUUCGCUUGCGCUGGGCUAUUCGCGCCAUGCCAUACCUCUGUCGCGGCCCCUCACGAUGCGUCGCAUACCGCGAAGAUACAUUGAAUUGGGAGUGCGGGUGGUCAAUAAUAGCCAGUAUGAAAGGGCUACGGGACUUGUAUGUGGUGAUAACAGAUCCGAGCCCGCAAGGCAUAUGGGAACGAAAUUGGGUGGAGUUGGAAGAGCAAUUGUUGCGACCGGUCACAGACGUCACGCGACCAAGUAAAUUUGAGCUCAUGUUGCCUUUCGCAAGCUGCAGUACAGAUUGGGAUAUGGGUCACAGCAAGGUCGUCUUGAAGAAACCGGAAAACCGUUUGGUCGAGGACGAAAACCACAACGGCUGA